AUGAUCAUCUCACUGUGCGCUAUCCUCUUCUGCGUUCCAUUUCGACCCUGCAUCCAGCAACAACACCAGAACCUUAUGGAGCAUUAUCUUGAGCUGUGGCUGGACUUUGUUUGUGUGCACAUGGACUGCCGUCCAUCCGAACAUUCUGGGUAUGAACGAGGGCAAGUGGCCGUUAUCUCUCGUCGUCUGUUCAUUAUGGUCAUGGCGUUGAUUGCCCCAGAACUCAUGAUCACUUGGGCCACGCGACAGUUCUUUAGCGCCCAUGAAGCUGCAAAGGACUUCAAUGAUAGGUUGAGUGUACAACCUACCAAAGCCUACAGCGACCGUCGAGAUAUAUCAGGGAUGACAGCUACACCACAUCGUGACAUUCCAGAAGGAAGUGGAAGUCCAAGUACUCCCAAACCUGCAAUGUUCAGAAGAUUGACAAUGGCCCACGAGUCCUUCGCGUGGAAGCAUGAAUCUGGACCUGUGACAGAGUUUGAAGGAUGGACAGUGACACAUGGUUACUUCGCGUGGAUGGGUGGAUUCAUGCUCUACGUCAAUGAUGAGCCACGAGGCACUCUUACACCCAAUAACCUUCUGCAGUGUGUUGAUGAGGGAUCCGUGGACAUGCCUGUCAUCUCGGAGGCAGAGGUGGAAGAUCAAAGUAAGGGCGAUGGACUAUUGAAAGGCUUUGCCAUUCUUCAGCUGGUAUGGUUCGUCGUCCAACUUUUCGCCCGUUAUGUUCAGAACCUUCCGAUAACCCUGCUUGAAAUCGACACCCUGGCUGUAACUGCUCUGACCUGCAUUUCGUAUGGCUUGUGGUGGAAGAAGCCCAAGGAUGUGAGAUGUCCUUACAUUGUUCAUUGGAAGGGAACAGCAAAUCAGCUAAGCCAAUUGACAUACGACCAGGCAGAUCUUGAUCGUCUUCGGGGAGGCCGUCUUCGCGGUCUCACCUAUCCUUUUAUCAGUCUUAUGGGCAUUCAGCCCUUGAUUUCCCCCCGUGCUGCCAGUUCUCGCCGUGUUCCAUCUCUGGGUGGCUAUGGCUGGAAUUACUUGUUUCAGACAUACACACAACACAUGUUAUGGCGUGCGGCUUCUCUGGGGAUAGCUGAAACGACGACUUACUUGGCAGAAAAACACAUCCCACUGUCGAGCAGGCUCGCGACACGAAGUAAUGCGAACAUUGUGAAGGUGUUCCCACAGACUCGGAAUGCAAUGCGUUUACAAAAGGUAGGGCUAAGGGUCCCGAUAAUAUGGAACCUGGACCAGGAGAAUUAA